UCGCGCAGUGUCAGUUGCUCUCCUGACUCGGUUGCCGCAGGUUGUGGCGCAGUGCUGUGACCGACCGUUCGCGCUCUCUCGACUCGGCGUGUUCAUAAUCCUCCUCACCGCCCAUUAUGGUGUUCACUCUACUGUGCAACAAUCAAUGGAUAUUCUAGUGUACAGUGCUCGGCUAAAUCAACAGUGGGUUACAUCGCACAAUACUGGAAACGGCUUUGACGGUACAUAUCUGAUUAACCGGCGUUAGCACACAUUGAAUUCUCCUCAAACAACAAUGCAAACUAGUUCUGAAUAUUCCAUAAACUGUUAAUGAGACUCCUCCAUCGUAUUCCACCUGUUGUUCUACUGAUGCUUCAUAGUUACACAAAUAGGAAUGUCAACAUUGUUUUGUCAGAGCAGUUAUCUCUCGAUCAGCUGUCAAACAUUACAUUCUUGAAUUGUUUACAUAACUGAAUUGUCAAGCCUGUCAAUAAUAUUAUCUUAGAAAAUUUUUACCACUUGUUUAUGAAACAGAAAUUCUCUAUGAUUUCUAGCUUCGAUCGCAUCGUUUGAUUUAAUUCAUGUUUGAUUGAGUGUAUAAAAUUGAGGAAUAGUGCUUGUGAUAAAUAAAGGUAUCAGGAAUAAAAUAAUAUCUUAUUAUAAUAUUCAAUAACAAUUCCAGAAGAGAAAAAUUUGGAGAUUUUUCACAAAGUUUGAAUUAGUCUGAGAAUGCCAACUCUAGCAACAUUCCUGCAACCGGACACUUCAUCUCCUCCACCGGUGUUGUCAAUGAUGGAGAACCACACGCACACACAUUUAGGCGGUCAGGCGGAACUGGGCCAAGCCGUGCAGGCAGAGAGCUUGAUUGGUGCCAAGAUAGUCGCCAUGCUGGCCCUCGGACUGCUUUCGUUCCUUCUGGGAAUGCUGCCCGUGAAGCUAGCCUCCUGGCUGCGUUUCAAGACCCCGUCGACGGCAGCGGGCAAAGCGAGUGGACACGGCGCCAGCGAACAGCCUCUCUCCAUUUCCCUAAUGUUGUGCUUCGGGGGCGGCGUGCUGCUAUUCACCACCUUCCUCCACCUACAGCCCGAAGUCAGGGAAAGUGUGCAACGACUAGCCGCCGAAAACCUGCUGCCUCCCGUACUCGUCAGUGCCGGCCUCAAUGUGCCCGAACUCAUAUUCUGUUGCGGGUUUUUCUUUGUGUACAUUGUCGAGGAGCUAGUCCACUGUUUUCUGGAUAGAGGCGAGCAUGCGCAGGAGGAUGAGGCCGUUCUGCACCGCACAAUGAGCCUUCGUCGCUGCUCCAGGCGACACCACGAACACCCCGCUGAGGGCACCAUCAUCCCCAGGGCUAGCCUGGCCAAUGGGCACGGCCACCCCAAGAACAACGAGAUGACUGAGAGUGGCAGUGGAACGGGAAGUGUGUGCACAAGUGCCAGCACCCAGGGACUCCUCCGCGACCAGAUAUCCGUGAUUGACUUGAAAACAAACCGAUCACCUCUUGAUCCUCAGGUGAGGAUGACUGGCGGCCCUCUAGAGGAUGGUGUGCAAGGAUUCAAAACAGAGAACCCUGACGAUGAACUACUGUCAAAGAACUCAGAGAUGGUGUCCAAGUCAUUCCGUGGUCUCCUCGCGAUUCUGGCACUCUCGUUCCACGCUGUCUUCGAAGGUUUGGCGGUUGGUCUGGAGGACUCAGUGAGCAAAGUGUGGUACCUGUUCGCGGCGAUCGCCACCCACAAGCUGGUGAUUGCGUUUUGUGUGGGAGUAGAGCUGGUGUCGUCUCGCACACGUCUGCUGCUGGUUGUCGUGUAUGUGGCGACGUUUGCUGCCGUGACGCCUCUAGGCAUUGGUAUUGGGAUCGCGUUGAGCGGCCAAGAAAAUGCCAGCGGCGAGAGCCUGCUGACCGUGGUGCUGCAAGGCAUGGCGGCCGGCACCCUUCUCUACGUCGUGUUCUUCGAGGUGCUGCAGCGAGAGAGAGCCAACACCCAGUCGGGUGGUCUGCAACUCAUCGCCAUCAUCACCGGCUUCCUAGUUAUGCUCGGCAUCCAGGUUCUAUUGGGUCACGAGCACAGUCACGGUGGUGAAGGUCACAGUCACACGUCAGGGGUCAACUAUGACCACAAUCAUGAUGCAGGAGAUGACCAUCGCUACCACUACCACCACCAUGAUCACGAUCACGACCAUGCACACCACACGUGAUAGAAGAGAUAACACUCUCAACCAACUACACACUGUGAUAUAAUCAUGUUUUCCAGUUAAUUCUAAACUGUACUUUUAUAAGUGUAACUGAUUCUAUAAUGACAAUAUACCUACCUAAUUGAUAAGUUUUCAUGUGUUAUCUAUAAUUAUUAGGUAUAUAAUAUGGCUUUUACGAUGUGGAUGUUCAAAUUUAAAGAUUCUCAUGUAUUUUUUAUCAAGAAACUUGAUUAGAACUACCUACAGUAACUAUAUUACCCAUGGGUAGUCUUUUUUCUACAGGGCUACUCUCAUAUAAAUAAAAAUUAGAAAUCCAAGUACCUUUUUAAAAUUGUUCAAUCACGACAUAUUUCGGCUAUAUAAAUGUCAUCAUCCAACAUAGCAAAACGAAUGUAAAUCGAAUUAAUUGAUAAAUUAAUAAUGGAUAAUUGCAUUAUAGCCGAAACAUGUCGUGAUAUUGAACAAUUUUAAAAGGGUUUUUAAAGAUUUCUAUUUUUUAUUCAUAUCCAUGGGUGAUAUGAUGUAAUAUACUGUACUGUAAUUAGAACCAGGAGCUCCUAUAUACCGUAUUAUAGGAAGUCCUGUUAGAACCAAUCUAUAUCAAUAGAUUAUGAUAUACAGUAUAAUACUUAUACUAAAAUCACUUUGCUAUAGCAUUGGCUAAUUUUAAAAAUUAUUAAAAAACACAAUAUAUAAACAUAAAGUACCCUUUAUUUGAAAUAGUUCUUUGAAGUCAAUAACAGUUCUUUUAAAAUAUUUCAAAUAAAGUGUACCUUAUGUGUUAAUAUUGUGUUUUUCAAUAAUAGUAUGCUGUAUAUGUUUCGUUUUUUGAUUCUCAUCAGAUAAUAUCGCCAAUAUUUUAAUAUUCAAUUAAUUUUAAGAUAAUGAGGAGGCAAACGCUUAUAUACUAUUUCUAAAAGGUAUUCGUCGAUUGAUGUGAGAUGGAAUGAAUUAGAGACAGAGAAUUUUAGCCUAUUUUCAUAUUAAGCUUACGAUACUAUAUUUUUCAUCCAGAGAAAGAAAAUAAUGAAACUUUAUAUGUUUAUGUAACACAGUGAUCAGAUCUAAUCUUAUAUGACAGGAUUGAAUUCGUUGAUAUUUAUUAGAAUAUUAUAAGAAAUAUUUCAUUACAUAUUCAUGUAAAAUGAAUAAGCAUUGACAUUAUUGCGUUUGUAGUUGGAGAAUCCCACUGUUUUCAACGAGAAUCAAAAUACUGUUUGGAUGUAUAGGCUGAAUAAAAUGUAGAAGUAAUAAACUAUUAUCAUGAGAAUCAUCAACUAUUUAUUUUCAAUAUAAAUACUGGUUUUAAUGAUUCAAAUAUUCAUGAUGGGAAUUUGCAGUUUUGACCAAGCUAAAAAAUAUUUUAAAAAUAGAAACAAUUUGAUAUUCUAUUUUCUGAUCUGUUGAAUUCAUAAUAUUUAAGGUAAUUUUUGAAGAAAUCAACUUGGGAAAUCAAUUAAUAGAUUAAUAAUAACAUUAUUCGAUAUCUCAUUUUGUAUUUUUUUCAAAGGAUAUAUUUUUGGAAGAGAGAAAUUGUUGUUCAAUAAAUGGAAACAAAACAAAAGAGGAAUUAUGUAUGGAAACAUUGGGAAGUUUCUAUUCUUGAAAAAAUUACUAUUAUGAAUGAUAACCUGAUCAAUAAAUAAUUAUUAUGACAAUGUUAACUGUUAAGAUCUUUGGUUAAAGUUUUUGAAGUAAGAUAUAAAAACGUUUUGCUACUCUAAAUAAUUCAAAUCAAUUAAUGAUAGUCUUCUGUAGAAUGUAUGUGCCAAACUGUGAAUGAAUAGCCUAUAAUUAUUGCAAGCAGAUAACCAACUGCAUUCUCUUAUAUAAGUAUGUUGAUGGUUUCCGUUCAAUUAAUUCUUGAAAUAAGAAUUAAAAGUAAAAUAGCUGCUAUCAACACCUAAGAAAGUCUGGACAAUGUUUCUUUAGUGAUUUAGGUACCGGUAUUAAAUAGUCAAAAUUCAAUGCGAUAAAAUAAUAUUACUUCAGAUACUAUAUAGAAUUAAUUGCUUGCUUCAGCAACAUGACAGCUAGUAGCUCAAAUAAAUAAUAGUUUAAUAAUAUUUAAAAAAUUAAUAGAUUCAUUCAAAAUCGAAUUGGACCAUCAUCUUUGUGUAAACAACAAAUAUAAUAAAAUGGAUGUGAAUUUUGGUAAAUUGCAAAGUAAGGUACAAUCCUGGUUCGGGACAGGGCGCAUAAUGAAUUUGGUGAGGGAAUUGGGUACCUUUCGUCGUAUUGAAUCUAUUUGUAAAGAAAAUGAGAAUAUUUUCCCAUGCCCAAACAUAAAGUUUUUCCAUUAAACUGGUUUGAAUAGAUAUUCUAAAUCGUUGCUUGAUAAAUCAAUACUUUGAUUCUAUGAGACAUGGAAUGAAUACUUUAAAAUGAAUAUUAAACUGAUUUAAAUAGAUAUUCUAAAUCGUUACUAAUUUAGGCUACUCAAUAACUCAAUUCUAUGAAACAUGGAUAUGAAUAUUUUUAAUAGAAAAUAUGGAGAGUUAAAUAGAAUUUAUCAAAUUGUUGAUGUUUUGAUAGACUACAAUAGAAUUUAUUGAAGAAUACCGAAGGUAUUCAAUAAAAUAUUUUACAAAUUAAAAAUGGGCUAGUGUUUUAGAGCAAAGAUGUGAUAUAGGGUACAAUAUGUUUCAUAUGAAUGGAAAAUUUUUGGAAAAAUUGAGUUGAGUAGUCAUUUAUUAUUGUUGAAAAAGUGUAGGAUAGUAGACCGUAUGGUGCUGAAUUAUUAUAUGGUUCAGUAAUAUGUUGUCAUAUAAUGAAGACAUAAGUACCGUUUGAAUAUUGUCAGUUUUCUAAUUUGCAAUCUAUUAAAAUAUUAUUUUUGGAAUUCAUGAAAUUGAGCUUCAUUGUUAUUUAUAAUAUUGUUGAGACUUUCAAAUAAUCGAAAACACAACAAAGGAAAGGACAAAAAUAAUCACAAUGGAGUAAAUUAUUUGAUGUGUAAAGUAUUUUUUAAAAAUGCAAUGUUUUAUCGAAAAAGCUUUUGACAUUCUAAAAUAAUAAAUUAAUAUUAUACUAUUAUUACUAUUGUACUGUAUUGUAAAUAAAUUUUCUAAGCAUCUCGUAUAUUAUAA